GCGCAUGCGCGUGUGUAAAAUGUAGUUGGAAAUGAGGUAUCGCAGUGGAGUAGUCGACUUUUAAAAAGCAUCUGCAGCCCAUGAUAUGACGACUUCGCUGGUCUUGCAUCCACGUUGGGCGGACACCUUGAUGUACGUUUAUGAAAAAAGCCCGAAUGAAAGUGGUCAGAAUAAAAAUCAAACUAUGGAGGGACUGAGCGGGAAUUGCCCUGCGACCCACUGUAGGGAUCUUAUCUCGCAUCCAGCUUUGGGGCGACAUUCGGGCACCAUCACAACUCACCAGGGCACAGUGUACUCGGAUAUAUCUUCACCUGACGCAGGAAGACAGUGUCCCGCGCCUCAGACGUCGUCCAGCGCCUCUCUGGGUUAUAGUUACCCAUUUGGAAACCCGUACUACGGCUGCAGGCUGUCUCAUUCGCACAACGUGAACUUGCAACAGAAGCCGUGCUCGUAUCAUCCCGCAGACAAAUACAGCGAGCCCAGUACGGCACUGCCUACGGAGGACCUCUCCAGUAGGGCAAAGGAGUUUGCUUUCUACCCCAGUUUCGCUGGUUCAUAUCAGGCAGUUCCUGGAUAUCUUGAUGUGUCGGUGGUCCCGAGCAUUAGCGCACAUCCCGAGCCACGACACGACGCGCUGAUUCCAAUGGAGGGCUAUCAGCAUUGGGCUCUGUCAAACGGCUGGGAUGGGCAGGUGUACUGUUCAAAGGAACAAACACAGUCGUCUCAUCUUUGGAAAUCUCCUUUUCCAGAUGUCGUCCCUUUGCAACCUGAGGUUAGCAGUUACAGACGAGGACGCAAAAAACGUGUUCCCUACACCAAGCUCCAAUUGAAGGAACUGGAAAAAGAGUACGCAGCCAGCAAAUUCAUCACUAAAGACAAAAGAAGACGCAUAUCUGCCACCACCAAUCUGUCUGAACGUCAAGUUACUAUUUGGUUUCAAAACCGCAGAGUGAAAGAGAAGAAAUUCAUCAGCAAAUCUAAGGCGAACAGUCACAUGCACACUUAAUGGAUGUCCAGUGAAUUGUUUCUUGGCUGAUCUCAUUCUGAAAGUCUGAUAUUUACUUCUCAAAAACCAUGAAAGAAGAAAAUCAGAGACCGUGUCACAUCACUUAAGUCUGGCUUUACUUUAUUUAAUAAAAAAAAUGCACACGAUUUAAUAAUCGUUCAUCCGUAAGCUUUAAGGGUCAUAGGCCAUGCCCUAAAAACUGUGAACAUAUUCAAAAUCAUUUCGACUUUGCUGUUUUCUACGAAUGUACAUAUAUAAAUAUAUAAUAUUUAAAAUAUUUGGGUUUCCAAGAGACAGUUUGUUCAUGUGCUUGUUUCACCGAUAAAAGGGACACGGACAUUUGUUGAGGUGUAAAAGCCAGCGUAAAAAAUCAGCAAAAAUACACAAGGAUUUUUCAAUUGCAUGAAGUAUUCUUAGUAAAUGCUUAUUUGAAAACUACGGUUGAAUGAGAACUAACUGGAGAGUCAAAAAAAAACUGAACACUGAAUGUGUGAUGUCUCAAACAGAGCCAUGCACCAUCGUUUUGGGGUGGCAGGAGUAAACAGGUUUAUUCCAAAAAAAAGCCUUCGAGAUUUCAAAAGCUAAAUGUUUCACAGUGGGAUACAUUACUUUUUAAUGCCGAUGGUAAACAAGGCUGCUAAUGCUAACUGUACAGUGCAAUGUCUUUAUUAUUUAAUUCAUUUUCUGGCAAAUGACAGGGCUGUAAAAUAGAAUGUGUCAAGAUCAUCUUAGUGUCCUUUUUUAAGCAGUGAAGUAUAUGUCUGCCCUGCAACUGGAAUGAUUGUAACCGAUUGCAACAUUUAGUAUUACACGUUAAUGCACAAUCUUUCUUGUUAUAUGUAUAGAAACAAAUAUCGUAAAUCAUUUGGAGAUGUUCACACACACGCUGUCAGUCUGUACCUCUUUCUGUGAAGUACGUGAACUGUAUUCUGGUGUUUUAAUUCCUAAAGUAAUGAAUGGAGACAUGUUUCUUAAAUAAAUAAUGGCAAUGCAAAUCAUUGGAUUAAAUCCACUACCUUGGUAUAAGUGGAUGCCAUUUGUGUUAUAAAUCGUGUACUAUCACGCAACAAAUACAUAAUUCCGACUUAGACUUCAA